AUGAAUCCUACGAUGGCAGUGGCUGUUUGGACUUUCCAGGCCUUCUGGCGCUGGAUGGCUUCCAAACGCUCGAUGGUACUUGUUACCUUGGCGGCUUUGUACGUUGCCCACAAGAGACGUGCCAUAUACGCCGAUCCAGACUUUCGCGACAACCUUCGCUGGGAGGUCCGCUGGCGCUGGAUGGCAGCCAACCGCUCGAUGGUACUUGUUACUUUGGCGGCCUUGUACAUUGCCCACCAUGCCAGCUAUGCCGAUCGAGACUUUCGCGACAACCUUCGCUGGGAGGCGCGCAGAACGGCCUUCUGGGUUGUCCAACAGUGGCUCAUGCGGCAGAUGUGGCACCGCUGA